GCAGUCCUCCAGGCAGCCUGUCCAGGGAAGCGGUUGGCUGGUGUUGGACCUGGUGCGGCAGUGCACACCCUGCCCAAGGACCCCAGGAUCAUGUGCGUGGCCUGCUGGCGGGAGUGAGGGAGGGCAAGACCCUGAAAGGCCCAUGGUACCCCCUAAGCCUGCACUCUGGGCGCUCCUGCUGGCGCUGCUGGGGACCGCGCCAAGCCGCGCCUAUUCCCCGGCCUGCAGCGUCCCCGACGUGCUCCGCCACUAUCGCGCCAUCAUCUUCGAGGAUCUGCAGGCCGCCGUGAAGUGGGGCGGGGCGGGGGCCGAAAAGACCAGGCCAGGCUCCAGACACUUUCAUUUCAUUCAGAAAAACCUGACUAGACCCGGGAGCUCGGGACGGCGGGGACGGCCUCGGGCCUCCUGUGGCGCCCAGAAGGAGCACAGUAUCCUCCUGUCCAUCUCGUCCCUGGGUCGGACCCUGCGCGGGGCGGUGGCCGGGGGCCGCCGCGGGGCCCUGGAGAGAGCUGCUUGGACCGUGGCUGUGCGCACCGAGGCGGUGAUGCGGCGCCACUGCAGGACGCUGCGCCAGCGGAGCCGGCGGCCCAAGAUGCGCCCUGCCCGGCGUCGCGGCGGCCGAAGGCAGCUCCUGCUGCGCGCCCUGGACGCCGUCGCCACCUGCUGGGAGAAGCUCUUCGCGCUGCGCGCCCCGGCCUCCAGGGACUCCUAGCGCGGCCCGUCCCGGCCCUGCCUCCGGCGCCCUGCGCGGGGAGGAGAACCAGCGGGGCCGCGGCAGAGCCUGGAGACGCGCCUCGUUUUGUAGACUUGUUGGUGACCUCGGCCCCUCGCUCGACGCAGCCCGCGCUCCCCGGAGGGCCCAGGACUUGGAGAAGGGAGCGCGCCUGGCCGCCGCUGGGUCACGGAGGAGGCCCGCCCUCCACGCGCCGAAGGCCUCAAUAAACGGAGCUGGCGCUGCGGGUCCGGCA